ACCUACACCAUCUUUGGCACUCCCUUCUACUGCUUUCACCCAAAGAGAACUUCGAAUCCAUCCUUUCGUGUAACACAACAUGGCCACAAAAGCUUCUUCCCAGCAACCCAAAAUAGGUAACCUGAGUCUAUCAACCUGCACCGACCACGAGGUCUUGAACCAGAUUUAUGCAACGCAUGUCCAAGAUGAUGAAAAGUUUGAUGUUGAGUCUCUUUUCAUCAUCGUCGAGAACGUCCUCAAGAGUGCCACCCACAUCGUCGAUAAUGUUGUCCAGGGUAGCCAAGCAUUUACGGUAGCGCAUUUGGGCGAGAAGAUCCCCCAAGAAAGCUUUAGUCCACCCGUGUGUACACUCAAGAGUAUUUCCUACGAGAUGCAAUGCAUGGCCCCUGGUGAAGAAGUUGCUUACGAAGCAACCCUGUCAAUACUCAAGAAAUUAUCGAAGUAUUCUUGGGCUGCAAAAGCAGUGCUGACCCUAGCAGCGUUUGCUUUGGACUAUGGGGAGUUCAGCUGGCUGCUUGCUCAGAAUCAGCCAUCGGACCAACUUGCCAAAUCAGUGGGAACCCUGAGGCGGGUUUCUAUCCUCUUAAAGGGACCAAAUCUGGAGAAACAUCGGGAGGCUCUAAUUGAACUUAACAGUGUGAUCAAAACCACACUGGAAGUGAUUGAAUGCAUCUUUCAGUUAGAGAAGCUAUCAAAUUAUGACAUAAAGGAUGUGCCAGCUCUGUCAACUGGCGUGGACCUCAUUCGAGUGGAUGCUUUUUGGGCCAUUAUCACCGUUGUAGCCAGCUCGACUCAGCUUUGUUGCCUCACUAGCGAUGAGGGCAAGAAACAGGAACUAUCCCUGUUUUCUAAGAAACUCAACGUGAUCGUCUCAGAACUUAAGAGGCAGAUAACGAUUUGCAAACAACAGAUAGAGGAGACAGAGGCUUAUAGGAGGAUCGUGGAACUUUUUCGAACCCCUACGGAAGUCAUUGAUUGCCUUAAGGGACUGAAUGUGAAGCCGCUACUUGAUGGUCCUACUGGAAAUCUGGUUACCAUUGACGAGGUGCUGAAGGGGAAGAAUGUCUUACUGUUUAUCUCGGGGCUAGAUAUCUCGGAUGAUGACAUUUCAAUUCUCAAACCAAUUCAUGAGUUAAUAAGAAAGGAGGAUCAGUAUAAGAUUGUAUGGAUUCCAAUUGUGGAACAAUGGACGGAGGACCUGCAAAAGAAGUUCGGGAUGCUGCGGGCCAAGAUGCCUUGGUACGUAGUGCAGUAUUUUUCCCCAAUAGCCGGCAUCAGGUUCAUCAAGGAGAAGUGGCACUUCAUGGGUAAGCCCUCCGUUGUGGUGUUGACCCCGCAAGGAAGGGUUGAAAGUGACAAUGCAAUCCACAUGAUCAGGGUAUGGGGAAUCAAGGCCUUCCCCUUCACCAUUGCAAAGGAAGAAGACCUUAACAGCAACAGGUCGGAUUGGCUUGGGUUCAUAGCAACUGGCAUUAACCCAAAUAUUGAGAGCUGGAUCAGAGAGGAAAAGCAUAUAUUUUUCUAUGGGGGCAAGGACAACGAGUGGAUCCAACAAUUUAAUAAAGCAGCAACUGCUCUUGCCAAUGACCCGGUGAUAAAGGAAGCAAGUAUUUCCAUAGAGGUUCUGUUGGUAGGAAAGGGCAGCAAAGGAGAGGACAACCACAGUCUAAAUCCAGGGCGCUUCUGGACCGGCAUUGAGAGUUUGUUCAUUUCCAAGACUCAAAGGAAGAUCGAGGCAGACGCUGGGACACUAGAGAUCCAAAAGCUGCUCUUCUACAAGAAUGAGAGUACUGGAUGGGCUGUACUCGGGAAAGGGUCUAGUUUGGUGAUCAGUGGCCGUGGGACAACCAUCUUGAAGGCCAUCGAGGAGUUCGAAAAAUGGAAGGAGCAUGUGCAUGAGGGGAAGGACUUCGAACUCUCUUUCAGAGACUACCACAACCAGCUGGUUGAUCUUCACACUUCUCCCAUUGGCUGCCGCAUUAUUGAUAUCCCAAAAGGCAGUGGAAAAAUCCCAGAGAACAUGAAAUGCCCCGACUGUCCCCGCGACAUGGAGGCGUAUAUCAGGUUCAAGUGCUGCCAUGGUGAUGCCAACUCACUGCAUGAUUAAAAAUGGCCACCAGCUUCCUGCCGAGGGCUAAUGGUAUUACUAAAUAAAUUCAUGUGAUUGAAUGUUGGCAUCCGGAGGCUUGUUUGUAAGAUAAUGUGUGUGCUUGUGAUGUGACCCCUUAAAUAUUUGUGUUUUAAGUUUUUAAUUGGAGUGUCGUGUGGAUAUAUAAUAUCUUGGUUGUGAUUUUCCUUAAUUUAUUUUGUAUCCCGAGUGGAAAUGUGUGUAAUCUUGGGUUGUCACUACUUAUAAGUGGCAUCCUUUUGGUAUAUGUGAACUUUCAUAUGUAAGGUCUGCGUUGUUAUGAAGACAUGAUUUUAAUACCC